AUGCAAACCUUGUGUUUAACGAUUGAUGAUCCAACAUUUCAAGAAGGUGUAUCAUCAGACAGGGCGGCUAAGGUAUUGUUCCCUCAACUGAACAGCUUGAGGUUUAAAGAACUUCCGGAGUUAGGUAGAUUCUGCGCUGGGCAUCCAAUUGAAUUUCGGUCUCUUAAAGAAUUAUAUAUCAAAAUAUGCAAUGCUCUGACCCAACAAGUUAACUUCAACAGCUCUGAACCACAAUUUCUCUUUAAUGAAAUGGUUGGGUUCUCCAAGUUAGAGGAAUUGCAUCUUAAGCACUUGGACUACUUGGCAAAUAUAUGGCACAAUCAGCUCACGCCUAAUUCCUUCUUCAAACUGAAAGCCUUGUGCAAGAAAUAUUUCAGUUCCAAGAAUCGAAUGCUGAAGAAGACACAAAUGUUGUUGUAGAAUGUAAGCUGAGAGAAUUAGUAAUGUUAGACCUUUGGAAACUGAAGAACAUAUGGAGUAAGGAUCCACCAACAUUUCUUACUUUUCGGUGAGAGUUGAAAACUGUGAGGAUCUGAAAACUAUCUUUCCAACCUCCAUAGCUGCAGGCCUUUCUCAGCUUCAAAGUUUAUCGAUAGAAAGAUGUACGGGAGUUGAGGGAAUUGUAGCGAAAAGUGAAAACGCAGGAUCAGACCCUUAUUUUAAAUUUUCUCAGCUCGCUUCUGUUACACUUGAUAGUCUACCGAAACUAAAGUGUUUGUAUCCGAGGAGGCACAGUGCCGAGUGGCCCAACUUGAAAUGUUUGCAGAUGACUGAAUGUGACAGAGCAAUCACGUUUGGUUCUGAAAUUAUAAAUCCUUAUCAAGAUGAAGCACAUGGAGGAGGAUGCAGCCAUAUAAUAUCCCAUUUCAACCCUUUUUUGUGUUUGAAAAGGUAACCAUUCUCUUU